AUGCCUCUUUUCCGCCCUUCACCGUCUGCUCUGCGGAGCUUGACCAGAGCUCCCGUCCGCUUCUACUCCUCCCCCACCACCUCCGCCGCACCCCGACACCUGCUGUCCAUCGCCGACCUGACUCCCCAGGAAUUCGCGACCCUUGUCCGCAAUGCCCACUCGCACAAGCAAGCCAUCAAGUCCGGCUCCAACAAGCUGCUGGGCACUCUGUCCGGCAAGACCGUCGCCAUGACCUUCAGCAAGCGCAGCACCCGCACCAGAGUGUCCACCGAGGGCGCCGUCACCGCGCUGGGCGGCCAACCCAUGUUCUUGGGCAAGGACGACAUCCAAUUGGGCGUCAACGAAUCGCUCUACGACACUUCCGUCGUCAUCUCCAGCAUGGUCUCCUGCAUCGUCGCGCGCGUGAACAAAAACUCGGACGUGACUGAGCUGGCCAAGCACAGCUCCGUCCCCGUCAUCAACGCCCUCUGCGACCUCGCCCACCCGCUGCAGACCAUCGCCGACUUCCUGACCAUGCACGAGGCCUUCCCCUCGCCCGCGCCCACGCUCGGCCUCGAGGGCAAGAAGAUCGCCUGGGUCGGCGACGCCAACAACGUGCUCUUCGACCUCGCCAUCGCCGCCGCCAAGCUGGGCGUCGACGUCGCCGUCGCCACCCCCGCCGGCUACGAGAUCCCCGCCGCCAUGCGCCGCGUCAUCGCCGACGCCGCCGCGGGCGCGCCCGACGGCGCGGGCGGCAAGCUGUUCGAGACGACGGCGCCCGAGGAGGCGGUCAAGGGCGCCGACGUCCUCGUCACCGACACGUGGAUCUCCAUGGGCCAGGAGGAGGAGAAGGUCAAGCGCCUGAAGGCCUUCGAGGGCUUCCAGAUCACCUCGGAGCUCGCCAAGAGGGGCGGCGCGAACGAGGGCUGGAAGUUCAUGCACUGCCUGCCCAGGCACCCCGAGGAGGUCAGUGAUGAAGUCUUUUACGGCCCCAGGUCGCUGGUCUUCCCCGAGGCUGAGAACAGGCUGUGGGCGGCCAUCUCCGCCCUUGAGGCUUUUGUCGUGAACAAGGGCAACAUCAAGUCCGCAUAA